CUAAUCGCCACCACAACUCCCAAGCUAAACCCUGCUGUCUCUUCCUCUUACUCUCUCAGCCGUUGCGAGAUCGGUUUCACUGAACGACUCUGUCGUCGUCUGCGGAUUACGGCCUUUGUUGCGGUCCAGAUACGCUUGAUUUUGUCUAUUUGGCAGGUCGAUCGGAUCGGUUUUGAUAGUGUUGCACCAUGUUGAAGCGCGCUCAAGAGCUGAUAAUAAGUGUUGGACAGAAGCAAGAGGCUCUUCAGACUCUUCACAGCCUGAUUACCUCGAAAAGGUAUCGAGCAUGGGAGAAGUCGCUCGAGCAAAUCAUGUUUAAAUAUGUCGAGCUGUGCGUCGAGCUGAGAAGAGUGAGAUUCGCCAAGGAUGGACUGAUGCUGUAUCGCAUAGUGUGUCAGCAUGUGAAUGUGAGUUCCUUGGAGGAGGUGAUCAAGCACUUUAUGCAUUUCUCAGCCGAGAAAGCUGAGCAGGCUCGAACGCAAGCACAAGCGCUGGAAGAAGCUCUUGAUGUUGACGAUCUCGAAGCUGAUAAAAGACCAGAAGACCUGAUGCUUAGCUAUGUCAGUGGGGAAAAGGAGAAGGAAAGGUCUGACCGCGAGCUUGUUACCCCUUGGUUCAAGUUCCUGUGGGAGGCCUAUAGAACUGUGCUGGAAGUCGUGAAGAACAACUCAAACUUGGAGGCACUAUAUGCGAUGACUGUACGUAGAGCCUUCCAAUUCUGCAAACAAUACAAACGAAUUACUGAAUUUAGGCGCCUGUGUGAAGUUAUUAGAAAUCAUCGUGCCAACCUUCAACCUGAAAGCUUGAAGAUGAAUCUCAAUAUAAGAUUUGAGCAGCUCAAGGUUGCCACUGAGCUUCAGCUCUGUAAGGAAGCAUUUCGCUGUGUGGAAGAUAUUCACGGCUUGAUGUGCAUGGUGGAGAAGACUCCCAAGGCGUGGGUUGUGUACUAUGCUAAACUGACUGAGAUCUUUUGGAUCUCUUCAAGCUAUCUUGAUCAUGCAUAUGCAUGGCUCAAGAUUUUCACCCUCCAUCAGAGCUUCUACGACAACUUAGGCAAGAAGAACUAUCAGAUGAUUGCUUCGGCUGUUGUUUUGGCAGCUUUAGCAGUGCCUCCAUAUGACACUCGCCGUGCAUCUCAUGUGGAAAAUGAAACCGAGAAGCUUUCAAGGGCCGCUCUUCUGUCUGAACUGGUGUCCAAGGGUGUGCUGGGCUGUGCGACUCAAGAGGUGCAGGAUAUUUAUCAUCUUCUAGAAGAUGAGUUCCUCCCCGUUGAUCUUGGUGCAAAGUUACAGCCUUUGCUAUCCAGAAUCUCUGGACUUGGGCUAAAGCUUGCUUCAACUGCUUCUAUGCAAGAGUAUAAGCUAUCCCAAUACAUCCCUGCCCUUGAAAAGCUUGCUACUCUCAGAUUGCUCCGACAGGUCUCUCAAGUGUAUAACACAAUGAGGAUUGAGAACUUAUCCCGUAUGAUCCCCUUCUUUGGUUUCGAUGUUGUGGAGAGAAUUGCAGUUGAUGCAGUGAAACACGAGUUCAUUGCCAUGAAAGUGGAUCAUAUGAAUAGUGUUGUCAUGUUCGAAGAUGUGCUCCUCGAAUCUGAUGGCCUUCGAGACCAUUUGGCUGCUUUCGUCAAAUCCCUGAACAAAGCAAAGGCCAUGAUGUAUCCUUCUGCUAAGAUAUCAUCAAAGCUAAGUGACAUUUUACCUCCACUGGAAGAGGCUCUUUAUAAGGAACACAAGGGACUUCUUGCUAGAAAGUUGAUAAUAGAGAGACGAAAGGAAGAACAAGAACGCCAACUUCUCGAAACAGAACGAGAGCAAGAGUCGAAAAGAUUGUCCAAACAGAAUAUAACAGAAGAACAAGAGCAAAAGAGGCUUGCAGCGGAGCAUGAACGCCUGAGGAACCAGAGGAUUUUUCGGGAGAUUGAGGAGUGCAAACUUGAACAGGCACAGGCGUUGCUUGAUCAAACUGAGAAGCAUAGUAAGAGGCAGGAAAUGGUGAAGAAACUGCAUAAGCUUGCCAAAACAAUGGAUUAUCUGGAGCGGGCUAAGAGAGAAGAAGCAGCUCCAUUGAUUGAAGCCACCUUCCAGCAACAGCUUGUCGAAGAGAAGGCCCUACACGAACGCGAACAACAGCUGGAGGUCGAACUGAGCAGGCAACGCCACGCUGGAGACCUCAAGGAGAGGAAUAGGCUGUCCCCCAUGAUUGAUAAUAAGAUGAUUUUCCAGGAGAGAGUGAUCGCCCGUCGACAAGCAGAGUUUGAGCAAAGGCAAGCUUCGAGGGUGGCGAGGAUCAAUCAGAUAAUUCAGACUAGGAGACAGGAUAGGGAGAUCCAAAGGAAGGAGAUAUUCUACGUCAAAACUGAGCAGGAGAGGCUCGCUAGAGUCAAAGAGGAAGGUAAAAUACAAGAAGCUGAGUGCGAGGCACAGCUGGGCGAAACAGCAGAGAAGCAUGGGUUCCCUGCUGCUGCACCCCAGUGAUACGUCCCGAGGCACCGUCGUGGUUGGUGAGGGUUUUGAUUCUAUCAUGUUGUGGAGGAGACAGAGACACUAUGCUAAUGUUGAAUGAGUGAGAAGUGGCUGAGUUGAUUGUUUAUAUUGGUAUCAUGGUUUUUCUCAAGUUUUGAUUGUAUCAUGGCUUGUGCAUAAUGUGGUUGAAGAGACUGCUCUGCGAUUUCGUGGCACUAGGAAGGAGCCGGUUAAGUACCCGUGUUUAUGAAACCAAAUCCGCGUUCUGAAUAUAUUUUGCAAGGUUGG